AUGCUGCCAUCCACAGAGGUCCUCCGGCGAUGGCGAUGGCGUGUAUCUUGUAUCUUCAGAUGCAGCAUGGCCUGCAACAACAGCGCCAACGUGCCAUGCAAAAUUGAUGGCUGCGGAGGGGGGGUUGUGGGGCUUAAGUGGCUGCUUUAUGGGCGACAACGGAGCAGGACAUCCAGGGAGUCAGGACAUGGGACCUAUUUUGGCCUGGCAGGACCAAAUUUAAUGCCAGAAAUCAAUCUUGUGACUCUUCAAUCAAUUGAUUAA